CGACAGCAAUCAGGUCAAACAUUAACUUUUGUUCUGCUGACGAGAUGCUGCCACCGCUUCCUUAUUAGUGGAAACAGUUGAAAGUGUAUAUGUGUGUCCAGAUGUCGCACUAAUGGAGAAGAGGCGUUUGAUCGUUACCCGAGCAACCCAUAAAUCACAGCCCAGACAUCUACGGAACUCUGACCAAUCAGAGUGAGAGCACUGAGUCGAGAUGUUCGGAGGGUCAUCCAUUUAGAGCUGUCGCCCCAAGAUACCAAACAUCAACCGUUUCUCGAUGUCGCUGUGAUUUAAAACUGGCUGUAAGAGAACUCAUUUACUUUGAAUACAUUUUUGUCUCAUUUUUGACAAUUUCCUUUACGCUCUUUUGGAGAAGAAUCUCACAAUCUGCAAUAAUGGAAGCUGUCUUUGGGGAGCUAUUCAUGAGAUUUGCGUGUUCCAUCAAGACUUUGAUUGUUAGUCCUUUCUGAAGUGAUUAACCUCUUCUCUGAGUUUGAGCAUCAGUGUUUGGGUCCAUUCCGGCGCUGGAGGAGGUUGAUGGCGAGUUUCCAGUUGAUGCGGGUCAAAGUGAGCUGGACGGCACUUUUGACCGUGGCCCACUUCACAUACCUGCUGGUCGGGGCCACCAUCUUCCAGGUACUGGAGCGGGAGGCUGAGAGCAACAACCGGAACCACUUCCAGCUGGAGAAGUUGCACUUCUUGGCUAAUUACACCUGCCUGGACGGACCGGCCUUGGAGAAGUUUGUUCAGGUGAUUUUGGAUGCCUGGGAAAAGGGAGUGAAUCCCUCAGGCAACUCAACCAACCCCAGCAACUGGGAUUUCAGUAGCUCCUUCUUUUUUGCAGGCACAGUAGUCACAACUAUAGGCUACGGUAAUCUCUCCCCCAGCACUGUAUCUGGUCAGGUGUUUUGUGUGUUUUACGCCCUGUGUGGAAUCCCACUGAACCUGGCCUUCCUCAAACAGCUGGGGAAGUGCCUCACCAUCCACCUGGGUCGACUGGAGAGGGGGAUGGUCUCGGUUGUUCCACACAAGCAAACAGUCGAGCCUCUGGCAGUGAGCUUGUUCUUCAUCACGGGCAGCCUGCUGUUUUUGGUCAUCCCUCCUCUGGUGUUCAGUUACGUGGAAAGCUGGACGUUCGGCGAGGGCUUCUAUUUCGCCUUCAUUACCCUCAGCACCAUUGGUUUUGGAGAUUAUGUGGUGGGGACCGACCCGGGCAAGGAGUACAUCUCUCUGUACCGCAGCCUCGCCGGCAUAUGGAUCAUCUUUGCCUUGGCUUGGCUUGCUCUCAUCCUCAACAUGGGAGCCAGAGUAAUGGAGCAUGCGAUCGGCCUGACUCAUCCAGGCUUUAAGAAACAGGAGGAGGAAGAGGACGCAUCAUCCAGUAAACUAGAAGACGUGUCAAAGAUCUGACAGUGGACUGUAGAUGGGAAGUUUUACAUGUUCUAUAUUGUCUUCUGCAUGUAAUAUUCACUUGGUAGAAUUCGAGUGCAGUUUCCUGUACAUAUGAUGGUACAUGGUACAGUAAGAAAACGGAUGUAGCAGCUAUUAGCAAAAUCUGUUUUUGUAAGAUAUAUGCCCCAGCAUAUUUAUUCCUUCUUUAAAUGCUUUACGUUUCACCUUGAGAGAAUUGUUUGAAUAUAUUAUGCAAAUAAGCUGGAAAAACAUUACAGGUUUUUGUUUGACAAUUCUACCUCAACCAAGCCAAGGAGUCAGUACUGUACAGUAGAUCAGAGCCCGUAUUUAUCAAACUUCUAAGAAUUACACUUGAGAACACAUUUAGAAACUCCUACUGACAAUGUAGUAUAGUAUAUAGUAUACUGUAGUAUAUAGUAUUCGGGACAACUGCUCGUAAUUUGGGAUUGGAAAAUUAGACUAAACCCGAGAUUUGAUUAGUUAUAGCCUAAUGAAACAUUAAAUACUGAUCGUUGUGAAACAUUAUUUUGGUGUUGCCCACAGACGGGCGUUGUUAUGUUCGUAGCUCACGUGAAUUUUGGCUGUUGUAGGUUUUUUAGCCAUGUGCAGUAGUGCUUCGAAUUGAUAAAUAACUAUGCAUAGCGACGACGCAUAGCUAUGCCGUUGUUGAAUUAAAACAUUUAUGGAAGGAAAUUAAUCCAUCCAUCGGUGUCCCAGGACCUGGUGAACAUCCAGCCAAAACAUUACUGGAGGUACUGGGAGGAGUGGGAGGGGAAAUAACCAAUGUAUCACCGCUGCCUUACGACAUCCAAACAAAGUGUUACAGAGCUACAGGAAUGAGUCCUAAAACCCGUAAAUGAGUUAGCAUUUCUGGCACUUCCGGUUCCCUCAUCUGGAAGUCAAUGGGUUUAUUGAAUGGGUUUUUAGUUAGAUGCCUGAAAUAAUGUCUGUGGUUAACACAAGCUGAAGAGAUUUUAACGUUUUGUUCUACGACAUAAAAUACGUUAAUAAGUAACCCGCUUCUGAAUUUUGAAGCCUUUGUAUCUAAAAAAGGCGGUCGCUAACAAGUGGUUAAAUGAAACUACUAAACGUCAUCAUGCCGACUCGUCCGCCUUUACAGCCUCGUUGUGUA